ACAUCAAUUACGUCAAAGAUAGUCGCAAUUUCCAAAGAAUAGCCUAGAAAGAUAUACUGCCUAAUACCUUGGGCAUUCAUUCCAAAUACGUCGAGGAUGGAGAUUCCAUGUUAUUUUUAAACCAUGGGCGAAUAUAUUUCACACCCACAGUCUCUUCUGCAUGCAUACAUACAUAGUAACUAAAUCACUCUCCAAGGAAAGCGAUCGCAUAAAGUUUGAUUUGCAAUUAAUUAAUUGGGAUAACUGAGAGCUAUGAUGAAUCUAAGAAGUUGAUCGAAAUCCAAAAAAUAAAAAAAGGAGUACGUGAGCUUCCCUUUUAUUUAAUUUUCACCUAACCAAAGCUAAAGAGAGACAUGUAUAUAUAGAUAGAUACAAAAUGAAAGGAGUUGACCAAGCAGACGAUAUAUGAUGAAAAUAAGUUGCAACGGGUGCCGCAUACUCCGCAAAGGUUGCAAUGAUGAUUGCGUAAUAAGGCCAUGCCUGCAGUGGAUAAACUCUCCGGAGUCCCAAGCCAAUGCCACACUCUUCCUUGCCAAAUUCUACGGUCGCACUGGCUUGCUCAACCUCAUCACUGCUGCUCCCAAAAACCUUGCCCCGGCUGUGUUUAGGUCUCUCUUGUAUGAAGCUUGUGGGAGAAUAGUGAAUCCCGCAUAUGGCUCCAUGGGCCUCUUCUGGACGGGACAAUGGGCCCGAUGCGAGGCUGCUGUCCGUGCUGUCUUGAUGGGGUCCAAGCCCAAUGAUGAGGUGGCACCUUUUCAUUCCCCAAGCUGGGGGUCUUGUGACAUACGCCACGUGCCAAGACUCAACACCGGUCUGGUCGACGUCAGAGACAGAACCGGGAAAAUCUUCAAGCCCCAACCGCGAGUGGCUUUGCUGGAGUCGGAUGUGCUGAGCCAGAUUCAGCCCAACCGAGCCACCAAGGAAACCGAGAUCAACUUGGAACUCUCUCUUGGCUUCCAUUGAUAAUUCAGCACAGUAUACCAUUGUCCAUUGGGCAUGUAGGAAGGAGAUAGGAGCUAUGAAUUUCUUAAACUAAAGUUUGUUUGCUUAGAGAUAACAGCAUACUAUUAGGCUUUUAAUUAGUAUCUGUCUUCUUUAUUUUAGCCAGAUGAAAGAGCUUCAACAUUUAUGAUUUACUAAUACUUUCAAGUGUGAAAGUGAGCUGUUUGGGUACAGGAAGAGUGACCCACCUUUCAUACAUCAAAUAACUUUUAGUGGCCAUUAAAAGCUAAUCAUUCUCUUGGACUUGGACAUUGAA